ACGCUAGUUUCUACUUAGUGCUGUAAACUCUGCUGACGUUAGACUGAGCGGCUCAGAACGCAGAAAGAGGGGUCGUUAUAUACCGGUUCUGAGGCAACAAACAAGACGCUCUUCACACACCAUCAGUAUUACAUGCCAUCACAACAAAGAAACAUACCAAAUCUCAGUCGACCUCAGUGCAAUGGGCAGAAGAAGUGAAAUCCCACCCUCGCUCUAUGGUGAACCUCGCAAGUUCGACCCCGCAUUCAAAGGGCCUAUCCACAACAGGCACUGUACAGAUGUUGUCUGCUGUGUGAUCUUUGUUGUUGUCAUCCUGGGCUAUAUUGCAUUGGGAACUGUGGCCUGGAUGCAUGGAGACCCAAGGAAAGUUAUUUACCCUACUGACAGCUAUGGGCAGUUCUGCGGCCAGCAAGGCACUCCGAACGCGAACAAAGCCAUAUUAUUCUACUUCAACAUUCUGAAAUGUGCCAGUCCUGUAGUUCUCAUAAACCUACAGUGCCCAACGACACAGCUGUGUGUUUCCAAGUGCCCCGACAGGUUUGCAACCUACUUAGACAUGCAAUAUGCGUACAGAUACAACAAAAGCUACUGGGAAUAUUACAGGCAAUUCUGCAAGCCAGGGUUUAACAAUCCAAGAAAGUCUAUUGGAGAAGUUCUGCGAGAUGAAGAUUGCCCAUCAAUGAUAGUUCCAAGCAGGCCAUUUCUUCAACGGUGCUUUCCGGACUUCACCACCAGAAAUGGGGUGCUGACUGUAGCCAAUAAAACUACCUUCAAAGAUGGACGAGGUAAAACGAGAAACGUGACCGAUCUCAGAGAGGCUGCCAGACAGGUUACAGCUAUUCAACAAGGAGGUGAAAGUGGUAUAAACAGUGUUCUUGAUGCAAGAGAAGUUGGAAUAAAGGUUUUUGAAGACUAUGCUGGCUCCUGGUAUUGGAUUUUAAUAGGCCUGGUCAUUGCGAUGGUGGUGAGCCUGCUGUUUAUCCUCCUCUUGCGCUACACAGCCGGGGUCCUGCUCUGGGUCAUUAUAUUCGGGGUGAUCGGGGUCAUUGGAUAUGGGAUCUUGCACUGUUACUGGGAGUUCAGUACCCUCCGAGGGAAGCCAGGAGCUGGCGUCACCAUCUCAGACAUCGGCUUCCAGACAGACUUCAGAGUCUACUUGCAGCUCAGUCAGACCUGGCUCAUCUUCAUGAUAUGUCUCUGCAUUAUUGAAGCCACUAUCAUACUGAUACUGAUUUUCUUGAGGAACAGAGUCCGCAUCGCUAUUGCACUACUCAAGGAAGGAAGCAAGGCCAUCGGGCAUAUAAUGUCGACGUUGUUCUACCCAAUCAUCACCUUCCUUCUCAUAGCGAUCUGUAUCUCAUACUGGGCUGUCACUGCCGUAUUCUUGGCUUCAUCUGGUGAACCAAUAUACAAAGUGAUGCCAGCCCAACCAAAGUGCAUGUAUGAAAACUUCACAUGUGAUCCUGAAACUUUCAACAAAACGAAUGUGACCAAGUUGUGCCCCCGCUCUCAGUGCACGUUUGCGUUCUACGGUGGCGAGAGCCUUUACCACAAAUACAUCUUCAUCCUCCAGAUCUGCAACGUCUUCGUCUUCCUGUGGCUGGUGAACUUUGCCAUCGCUCUGGGCCAGUGUACUCUCGCAGGGGCCUUCGCAUCCUAUUACUGGGCAUUCAAGAAGCCAGGAGACGUCCCUGCCUACCCACUCUUUUCUUCAUUCGGAAGAGCAAUAAGAUACCACACAGGCUCGCUGGCUUUUGGAUCUCUAAUUCUUGCCAUUGUUCAGUUGAUCAGAAUCAUUCUAGAGUAUUUGGAUCAUAAACUUAAAAGUGCACAGAACAAAUUUGCCAAAUUCGUGCUAUGCUGUCUGAAAUGUUGUUUCUGGUGCUUAGAACAUUUCAUUAAAUUCAUGAACAGAAAUGCAUACAUAAUGAUUGCAAUAUAUGGCAAAAACUUCUGUUCAUCAGCAAAGGAGGCAUUCUUUUUGUUGAUGAGAAACGUUAUCAGAGUUGCAGUACUAGAUAAGGUUACAGAUUUCUUGCUGUUCCUGGGGAAAGUUCUCAUUGCAGGGAGUGUUGGUGUCCUUGCCUUUUUUUUCUUCACACGAAGAAUACCUGUUAUUCAAGAAGAAGUGCCAUCAUUAAACUAUUACUGGGUACCACUACUGACUGUGAUAUUUGGCUCGUACCUGAUCGCCCAUGGCUUUUUCAGUGUCUAUGCAAUGUGUGUUGACACACUGUUCCUCUGUUUCUGUGAAGACCUAGAGCGAAAUGACGGGUCAGCAGCAAAGCCGUACUUCAUGUCUCCAGAGUUGCACAGAAUCCUGGGAAGAAACGAACAAAGCCCUUAAAAAGGCUACUGGCUAAUUGCUUCAAUUGCUGAGCAUCAUCCGAAAUAGCUUUAUUUAUUCGUAAACCUACUGUAGCAUGCUUUAAAUAAUUUGGAUGUGCUGUUCAUGGGCUAAAGUAAUGUUAAUGUUAAUGUGAACUGGCCAAACGUAUGUGGACAGGUACAGACCAAGGGAUGCAGGGCUCUGUUCAAUUCUUAUUUGGUGCUGAAGGCUUUUUGAGGUUUUUUUUUUUGUUCUUGAUGCUAACGUCUUAUGCAAUGUGAUGCAUAUGGCACUAAAUUCCAUUGUGGUGCGUAUUGCUUCUACUAGGCCUUUGUGUACAUUGUGUUAUUGGCUUAUUUAAUCACAUUAAUAGGACUUUGCUGAGGUCAAAGCUAAUGCAGUUUAAUCCACUUUCUAACUGGUAUAAAUGAUAAAAUAAAUUGCAAACAAAAUUUACAAAUUUUAUAAUAAGGUGGAGGUUAGAGGGGACAGAAUAAUAAGAUUAAGUUGGAGAAGAUUUUUAGCACUAGAAUGCAUUUGCAAAGUCAAGUCUAGAAUUUUUUUUGUAGCAGUCUGGGAAAAUGUAUAGAAAGAUGUGUUAAUGCAUCUUUUCUAACGUUUAUUUUAAUAAACCCAAUUGUUUAUUUGGAUAUUUAAAAAAAAAAAAAAGAUAUAUAUACACACACAUUUUAAAGGUGCAAUACAUAAGAACCAUAAAAACCUAUUCAAUUUAUUUAAAAAAAGAAUCCUAAUGAAUUAAUCAAGUACAGUAUCUUCCUAGCUUCUUCAGUCCUUAUAUUUUACACACAAAAAAGAACGGUAUAUGAAGAAAUCAGUGGAAUUUAUCUUUAAUAUUUUUCAUUGUAAUUAUCUUCAUUACACAACAACCCCUGCCUAUUCAUUUUUUGGUAUGGAAGUACAUUGUAUUAGCAUACAGUGUCAGUUUGAUAGGAAUUUUUGUACACUCAAUUUGGUGUUUUACUGGUGUAUUAUAUAUUUUAAAAUAUAUUUUGUGAAAUAAAUUGGAUUGAAUUUUUUUUUUCUAAAGGCUUUUGAGAAAUCCUGUACAAGUGUUUUUAUACAAGCAAUGUUGAUUAGAGAAUGAGCUGUAAUUGGAUGAUACUGUGCCAUACCUUGAACAGUGUACUUUUGUUUUUGUGACAUCCCUCUGCUUUGAGGUUAUGUAGUUAUUUAUUUUUGAUGAACAUUGACUAUUAAGACAUUAAUAUGAUUUAAAAAAUAUAUAAUAUGAUCUGAACAGAGCCCUGUAUGAUUUUAGGAAUCAUAUAUUAAGACUAAUAAAAAGAAGAGUUUCUAGUUCAGGUGCCUAGUUACUAAAAAAGAGAUUACAUUUUGGAUCUAACUUUUGAAUUCCAUUUAUAAAGGGAUAUUAAAGCCAUUUUUGGUAAUUUUGUACGAGCGCAGAUCUUCAAAAGGGCUGCCUUUUAUAAUACUAACAACUAUUAUAUACCUGGUUUUGUAAAUCUGGGUUAUUUAAUGUCUUUGUACUAGGGGAGGUAUUUUGUAAAACAAAAAAAAUAAGAAUUGUUAAAUGAAAAACGUUUUUUAAAAAUAAAUACUAAGAACUUUAACUUUGGUGCUAUGUCUUCGUAGAUUCAUCUUAACUGUGAAUAUCUACUGUUGUCUCCUCCUACACCUAACUUUACUCUGAUAUAUACUAAGAUUAAUUUUAAAGACGUUGUUACGUUAAUAACCUGACUUUCUUGGUAGCAAGGCCACCACUUUCCUUUAGUAAAAGCAAAAACAAUAGUAGUGUAAAUCUGUUUUCCAUUAGACCUGUUGACAGAAGGAGGAUUAUAUAAUGUUGUAUAGGCUGGCUUCCAUAAGAACCAUUUCCCUUUAAGAAGGUGUUACUUUACAUAGAAGUUGUUUUCUAAGUUACCAAAUAGUUUGGUAACAGACGUCCCAGCUUUGUGGGCUACGCAAUUAUUUUGUGACUCUCUGGAUGUCAUUCUGCCCAUUGGAAAUAGUGAUCCGAGCAGCUCUGCCAGCAAACUUUUAUGAGCUUUUUAAGAUCGCAAACAUGAAUCAUUGCCUGCUUAGUUAUAUGGGCUUGAGCUCUCUAAGGUACACAUUAAAACGUAGUGUCAGAGCUUAGUCAAGAACAAUGGGCAAGACCUCAACCAAUGGCCCAUCACAAUGUUAGGUGGGUGCUUGGUUAUUGGUAAUGCUGUUGUUCAAAUGAGAUGUUAAACCAAGAAAAAAAGUCCUGUCUGGUUUUGUUUUGAGGAUACAUCCCUGAAAUCCUCUGUCCAGAAUAUCUGUCUUCCCCCAACACUGUUUUACGUUACAUUUUAAAUAUACUGUAGUGAUGAAUAAAAAAAAAAUGCUUCCAAAACACCAAGGUCCAUAUUUCCUGUUCAUUUGAAAUGCUGAUCUUUCACGUGAAUUUGUACAGCAGUCCUUUUCCAAAAGCAACAUAAACCCAGCAGUGUAUGCAUAAUUAAACCUAUUUGAUGCUGUUCUAUUCCCAUUCCCAGUGGAAGAUCUUGAAAGAAACGACGGGUCCACAGAGAGGCCCUUUUACAUGAGCGGCUCUAUAAUGAAGAUUCUGAAGAAGAGAAACAAAGAGAAAAAGAUGAAAAAGAGGUCAUGAGUGUGGAAGGAAGCGGCUGUAAGAGUUUGGACUACCUAGAGAAAGUGGUUACAUUCAAAGACUGUUAAGCUUUUUUUUAUCUACCAAAGUCGGCAGGCAGUACUGUAAAGGAACAGAAAUAUUAUGAUUCCCUAUAUAGAGGGGGUUGUUUUUUAUAUUUAGUCUUUUUUUUGUUUUAUGUUAUUUGAUUAUCAAGGAAAAUUAAAGGGAUUGACUAAUAAGAGUUCAUAUAUAUUUGUUAGUAGAUAUAAUCUAUUAUACUGCAAUUAUUUUGCUAUUUUUUAUUAUUUAACUAUGAUGGAAGGUAAAUAUCUAAUGCAUAUAAAGCAGCUGCUACAACAUACUCUUCCUGGUACUUACGGACACCCAGGAGUUACUGUGUGUCCCUGUGGAAAUGUUGCAUUUUGUUUUCAUUAAUGGUAUAUUGAGAGGUGAAUUCUCAACAAACGGUGCCCAAUUUGGGCUGUUGGUGAAAUUACACUGGCAGACAUCAUCAACAGGACCUGUGAGCGUGGCUCUAGAAUUGUGCCUGUCUUUUCCAUCAGCCAAUUUUAGUUCCUGCAUGACAAGAAAGCAUACUCACUUACUGUAGUAACUUCCAUGGGUACAGAUAGCGAUGUUAGUGAGCUAUGCAUGUUAUGUAUGUAGUUUGCCAUUGCUGCAUUGAUAAUAAGAAGCGUAUGGUGUAAAAUAUUUUUUGUUGUUGUAUUCGAUAUAUUUGUAUGUAUUUGACCAUUAGGUGGCAUUAUUGGUGCUGUCCUUUUGUAUGGAGCGCCAUUUGUGCCAAAACUAUUCAGCCAUUAAAUUGUCAAUUCAUUUGUCAAUUCAUGAAUUGGUCCGUUUGCCCAGCAAUUCGUCCAUAAAUAAGGUCAAGCGCCGAGCAAACGCUUCACACUAAAGUCCAUACAGCCUUUCAUAUUAAUGAAUUGACAAAUUAUUUAAUUAUUAGAUGAAUUAACAAAUAAAUUUAAGAAUUACUGUAUGAAUUGAUUAAUUUAUGGAGGAAUUGCUGGGCAAAUGGACCAAAUUCAUAAUUUGACUAAUUAAUUGACAAAUUAAUGGCUGGAUAGUUUUGGCACAAAUGGCGCUCCAUACUUUUGGACCUGCUGUGCCAACAACUGAUUGGAAGUUAAAAAAUGAUUCCAAUAUUCUUGUACGUUUUUGGUUUAAUGCCAAGAGAAAUCUACAGCUAUGGCCUAAAGUUUUGCAUUAACUAGAAUUUUAGGAUUGAAAUUAAACACUAUGUACAUAAUUUAAAUAUUUUAUUUAUCUUGUAAUCAAAUUAACUACACAAUGAUAUUGCAAAAAUUCUACCGGAAGCCAUAAUAGUAGUACAUUAUUUCAUGUUAGAUCUUUCGUUAAGUAUAUGGAAAAUUACAAACCAGCAUGUAAUUCAAUACGUUAAUGUAACAU